UUUCCAGAGGAACGCACAGCGAAUCUGCAGCGGCUGUAAACCUCGUUCGCUGGCCUGGUUUCUGUGAGUGGAGGACCGCAGGAGAUCACUUUUCUGGUUAGCUGUGGGUUAAUAGCAUGAGAAAGAUGCUAACCAUCAUUUCUAACGUUCUGAGGGGCGGCGCCAGCAGGAACGGAGCCGAACUGGUAUCAGAGUCCUCCACUCUCCAGGCCGUUCUGCAGCUUCUGGCGGUCCAGAGCGAAUAUGCAAAUUUGACCGCUCCACACGACCAUGAUCCUGACCCCCCUCCUUACUCGACACAGUGCCAAAGCCCAUCAGUUUCCCCUCCAUUAACACAAACUCCUCACAACGCUGCUGUAGAAUACAAAUCUUUAAUGCACACCACCAGUGGCCAGUCUUCAGGACACUCAGGACCACCUGACAGACCCCUGACAGAUGCUGUUUCUUCAGAGGCGGUAGUUCCGAAAAUAGCUUGCAUAGAUCCAGUGGUGACCAGUGAUUCAUCCAUCUCAGAACAAUUAAACACAGAUCCUUCUGUUACAGAAACUAUUCCAACAAUAGAAAAAAAUAACACUAUAGGUGUUCCUGCAUCCCCUGGCCAAUUUACACAUCAUAAGUCACCUAUUAACCUAGUCCCCAGCCCAAUUCAGUUAAUCCCUGCAGUAGCUAUCAGCAGUUCCAACAUUACCAGCACAGACCCCAUUGUGUCCCUUAGUCCCUCACCAUCCGGGAGCCUUCUGGGACUUGAUAAAUCCUUCCCAGAGAUCACGCACAGCCAGGCUGAAGGGACUCCCUUACCAGAGCCACAGCUUGCUGGUGCAAGGGUGGUGGUAUCUGCCAGGACAUAUGCAGACUUUACCCCUCAGGCCACCUUUGAUAUUAAGAAAUGUGACGUGCACAAGCUGGAGGAGGGCCCAGCAGUGCAGGCAGUGCUAACCAGAGAAGAAGGCCUUCAAUACUACCGAACAAUGCAGACCAUGAGGCGCAUGGAGCCAAAGCUGAUCAACUCUACAAGCAGAAGAUCAUCAGGGGCUUCUGUCACCUUUAUGAUGGACAGGAAGCGUGUGCCGUGGGUAUUGAGGCAGGUAUUAAUCUAUCAGAUCAUCUCAUCACAGCCUACCGUGCCCACGGGUACACACUCACCAGAGGAGGCACCGUUCGGGAGAUCAUGGCUGAGCUGACUGGUCGUAGAGGAGUAUUGCCAAAGGAAAGGGAGGAUCAAUGCACAUGUACACUAAGCAUUUCUAUGGAGGAAAUGGAAUUGUGG